AUGGCUGUCCCUUCAUUCCGCUCAAUCACCCAUCAGGCGAUCCUCCUUCUUGCUAACUGGUCUAAUUCUUUUGAGACUGUGGCAGACCUCGGGGUCGAAUAUCUACCAAAGAUGAUGGCAUUUACAGGACCCUGGGAAGCGCACGUCUCGGCACUGCAUGGCUUUUGCCAUGCAUUUAACGACCUUGGCACCAUGUGGGAUCCUGUGUCUGGCCUUCAUCUGGACCAUUAUGAUUGGAACCGGCGAGAGUUUAAUGAGAGCAGUAAACCCUCCCUCAAGUUGGCACGUGAAGCGCGUGACAAGAACAAAAUCUCGAUUGAUAUCAUGGCUAUUUGCCACAAUGGGGUCUUGAAAGAUUUGAAAGAGCUGAAAAAUACGUGCGGCGAUGCUCACGAGUACACCGCCUCGCUGAAAUGGGUACAAUUCCAGAGAGACAGAAAUGCUCCAGGAUACAGGCCGAUUCGGAUGGACGGGCUGGCAAGGCUCAUUUCAGACUUCUGUAAGGAUGGUGAAGGAGCUAUAAGGGGCGCAAAUGCAGCCGUUGCUCGCAUGGACAAGCUGAUCCAAGACCUUGACUUUGUCACCAAUAUUGUGACGUGGAUGUUGCGAGAUUUCCGUCGUCCACCGCAACGUUCCAUAUGGUCUAUAGCAUAUUGCGUCUUGCCUUUUACAAAUAGCUGGGAAUUGGACUCGUAUUGUAAGGUCGAAGACAAGAAAGGACGCGGAGCAGCAUCGGCACGACUCCUAGCAUCUCAUGUUCAGGGCUCCAAUGGUUCUCUGGGCAAGCUUCGGCAGGAUCUCAUCGCCAAGGUGAAGAUGCUGUCUGCUUAUGUCGCAGCCCGACAGGAACUACUGGACGAGAUGAAAGGCCUGCGAGAUGAAGCGAUCUUGCUGUGGCCGAAAAUCUCUAAGGCAAGGCCUAUGGACCAUGUUUGUAACGACUUGUGA